AUGAAUCUUCAAAACGGAAGCCCUGAUUCACCCCUCACGAAUGAUGAUGGCAGCAUUACUUUUGCCACUGAGGCGGCGCAAGCGGGGGACACCAAUGAUGUUAUAGAAACUGAACUACCUGAAGAGACGGAGGGCUUUCAACCGCAGCUUGUUGAAGGAGACUUCUUCCCGGCCGCGGCAGAUAACAUAGGUAUGGAUUUCGAGCUCAUUGCAGAGCUGGCAGACUCCAGUAAUAGACUGAUGAUGACAGAGAGUGAAAUAGAAAUCCCAACACGAAUCAGCAAGCCGAGGCGGUCUGCAUUAUCCAAAGGUGGCAAGGCCAAAAGACAGAAACGCGUUAGGUGGGCUGACGAAGUUGGUCCGGACAGCACGGACACUACUGGACGCCCGUUGCAUCAACGGCUGAUGAAGCAUGUUACGGCCUUUUACAUGCCCCUUAGCUCCCAAAAAAAUUCGCUCUGCAGGGAUGAGGCGGACAAUCCAAAUUACACCGCUCAAUUUCCGACAGUAGGACCGCCGCCGCCUUCAAUUUUCCGCGAAAAAGAAAACACAGAUGGCAGUGUCUAUAAAUUCUGCAAGGCCCAGCGGCCCUCUAUGUACUUCAUAGAGUGGAAACGUCAACCGCAUGGGGUUAACCAAGUCCCAUUUCUCGCGCAGCCGGUGGAAAGUGACGCCGCGCCACAAAAAGCAAUAACCCUUUUUAGUGCGUUACACCCAAAAGAACCGAAAGGCAUCCCCGGCGACCAUGCAAAGGCGAGAAUCGCCACCAGUGCCUGCGCACCCUCCCGGUGCCCUCAGCUUCCCUUUAUUCGGAUCGACACUUUGCUAAACGAGCCGCUUCGAAUCCUUCUCUAG